AUGAGUUUACGACUCAGAGAGGAAGGAGGCGGAGGGUGUGAGCUAGUAGGGGAGGAAAUGGCCACAUUGGUGGGCAAUGGGAUUAUUGUAGGAUUUGCAGGCCAAGCCUUUUUAUCCCUUUGUUUGUCGAUAUGGGUUUUCUUCCUGACGAAGCACGGCAACAUGGAUGUCAUACACCCAGAAGGCUCGAUCGGACGCGAAGUCGAGCGCAAACGCAUGGACUUCGUGUCUAAAAUCUUGAUGGUCGGGUCUGACUUCCAAUCGACGCUUGGAAUUGCAUAUAUUAUCACCGCAUUCUCACAGGUACGAGGGGUUACAAUCAUGGAUACGUACCAUUUGCAUCUUGUAUACGAUAUUUCCAGCUUUGUUGGGGUAUCGAAUACAGCAGCUUUCGUUUGCUGGAGAUACUGCCAAGCUAAAAUCGAAGAGCCGUACAACCUUCGCCAUGGCCGCAAGCUCAAGGUCGACUGGUUCAAUAAUCGCUACCGAGCCCUUUACAUUUUUCUCGCUUUAUACCUGGCCCUGACCAUUCUUCUUGGCAUCCGUCUGAAUGAAUGGGCACCUCAUCAGGAACCUGGCCGUUGCUAUUUUUCCACCCUUAUCGCAGAUCCGUCAGCCUCACACCCCGACGCGGACAAAUACUAUGUGGGGUUUACUAGUGCCUGGCUCAUGAUUGUUGUCCUUGCCGGCGUGUUCGCUGGAGUCAAGAGACGACGUGCAAUUCUGAUUCUUUCAUCCCUCCACUUUCCCCUUCAUCUUUAUAUGACUAUUGCCCUUCGAGUGGCAAAUCAUGGCAAGUUCGAGGGUGAGACAAACAGUGAGAACGAGUGGGACUUUGGUCAGACAACAGCUGUGAUACUUCUGGUGAUCGCCCUUGUGGAACUUUUCAAGAAGGGAAUCGAGUACUACAGGUUUGAGGCUCAUGUGGCUAAGUAUGGAGUGCCCCCUAGUGAGAAAUAUGGGGCAAUGAAAGACGACGAGGAGGCUAAAAGGAGCGGCUCUCUCCUUGCCAGGGGUUCCGGAGACAAGAACAUGGCCGAGGACAGGCGUUCAAUGGAGGAGAGCGUUUCAAGAUGA